UCCCCUCUUUCUCACUUUUCUCUCUCCCUCUCUCUCUCUCUUAUCGAAGGGCGAGGAACGACACUUGCACAGAAAAGAAUAAAAAGGAAAAGAGAGAAAAAGCCAUUGAGAGAGAGAGUUAGAGAGAGAAAAAUCGAAGUUCCGUUUCGCUACGUUAAUGGCGGUUAGGGUUUCCUAUUGAUCCCGAACCCGAAUCUCUUGCUUAUUAUUCUAAGUCUUUUAUUUUAAUCUCUUUUAUUUCUCUCCCUUUCAUAAACCCUAAUUUUAAUAUCGUUAUAAGCUAAUUAUUACUCUAGUUUAAGUCCUUGAGGGUUUCCAAUUUGACACGUGAAGCCAGGAGCUGAUUAUGGGCGCGCAAGACAAAUCGCAAGCUACCUCCAAUCCGAUGCAGCGGGUGAAGGUAUACCGCCUGAAUGAAGAUGGUAAAUGGGAUGACCAAGGGACAGGGCAUGUUACUGUCGACUAUCUAGAGAGAUCAGAAGAACUGGGUUUGUACGUUAUUGAUGAAGAAGACAAUGAAACAUUGCUUCUGCAUCGCAUCAUACCAGAUGACAUUUACAGAAAGCAAGAAGAUACAAUAAUUUCAUGGAGAGAUCCAGAAUUUUCCACAGAAUUAGCUUUAAGUUUUCAAGAAACAACAGGGUGCUCUUAUAUAUGGGAUCAUAUCUGUAAUGUGCAAAGAAGUCUGCAGUUUAGCACUCUUAACAAUGAGACAUUUCACAGCAUGAAUAGUGAGCUGAGGGAGUUGCCUGCAGUUGAACUUUCUACACUUCCAUUGAUACUUAAGACUGUAUCUGAGAGCGGCAUUGCUGAUCAGAUGAGAUUGACAGAGCUUAUUCUGAAUGAUCAAAAUUUCUUCCGCAAGCUGAUGGACUUAUUUAGAAUCUGUGAAGAUCUGGACAAUACUGAUGGCCUUCACAUGAUAUUCAAAAUUGUCAGAGGGAUCAUUUUUCUGAAUAGUCCUCAAAUCUUUGAGAAAAUAUUUGGUGAUGAAUUGAUCAUGGAUAUUAUUGGUUCACUUGAGUAUGAUCCAGAAAUUGCUCACAUCCAACAUCAUCGUAAUUUUCUGAAAGAGCAUGUUGUCUUCAAGGAGGCUAUACCCAUCAAGGAUCCUGUUGUCCUGUCAAAAAUUCACCAGACGUACAGAGUUGGCUAUUUAAAGGACGUCGUCUUGGCUAGAGUACUGGAUGAGGCCACAGUUGCAAAUCUCAAUUCCAUAAUUCAUGGAAAUAAUGCAGUUGUUGUUUCUUUGUUGAAAGAUGACAGUACCUUUAUUCAGGAAUUAUUUGCAAGGUUGAGAUCACCCACUACAUCUGCAGAGUCGAAGAAAAAUUUGGUAUAUUUCCUGCAUGAGUUUUGUAGUUUAAGCAAGAGCCUGCAGAUGGUUCAGCAACUCCGGCUGUUUAGGGAUCUUGUGAAUGAAGGUAUUUUUGAUAUCAUUACUGAAGCUUUGCAGGAUCAAGACAAGAAACUCAUACUGACUGGGACAGAUAUCCUUAUUCUUUUUCUGAAUCAAGAUCCGAACCUUCUACGUUCUUACGUUGUUAGGCAGGAAGGAAUUCCGCUUCUAGGACUAUUGGUUAAAGGUAUGAUAACAGAUUUUGGAGAGGACAUGCACUGCCAGUUUCUUGAAAUUCUUCGGAGUUUGCUGGAUUCUUAUACCUUGUCAGGAGCUCAUGCACAGAGAGAUAGUAUAAUUGAGAUAUUCUAUGAGAAGCACUUGGGGCAAUUAAUUGAUGUUAUAACAGCAUCAUGCCCAGUUGAAAGCAUUGUGCAAUCAAGUGACAGAUCUUCAGGGUCCAAUCGAAGAGUUGAGAAUCAGAAUAGUGUGAAGCCAGAAAUUCUCUCAAACAUUUGUGAAUUGCUAUGCUUCUGUGUUCUACACCAUCCUUAUAGAAUAAAGUGUAACUUUCUCCUUAAUAAUAUUAUAGAUAAAGUUCUGAUGCUAACGCGAAGAAGGGAAAAGUACCUUGUUGUUGCUGCCGUUCGUUUUGUUCGCACUAUUCUUUCUCGUCAUGAUGAGCAUCUGACAAAUCAUUUUGUGAAGCACAACCUCCUCAAACCAAUUGUAGAUGCCUUCGUUGGCAAUGGAAACCGAUAUAAUUUGUUGCAUUCUGCAAUUUUAGAGCUUUUUGAGCAUAUCCGCAAGGAAAACCUGAAAGUAUUGAUCAAGUAUAUAGUUGAUUCAUUCUGGAAUGAGUUGGUUAAGUUCGAGCAUUUAGCUUCCAUUCAGGCUUUUAAAGUUAAAUAUGAGCAGGUAUUCUCAGCUUAUGCCUACUUUUCUAGUUUAGUACUUGAUCCAAUUUUUCCUACUGCUGAUAGCCUGACAAAUAUAAAAUUGCAGUGCUUAGAGAAUUGUGUAACAAAAAUUAGUGGUGGCACAUUGGACCCAAGAAGGAGAAAUGAUGAGCGUGCUCUAGAAAAAGAAGAGGAGGAAUACUUCAAUGAGGACAGUGAUGAAGAAGAUACAGCAUCUGCAUUACAUGCCAAAAGAGUUCAGCCUGAAUCUUCAAUAUCCAAUGGAGUAGCUGCAAGCUAUCCAUCAUUAAGUUCAAGAUCUGGUGGACUGGUGGACUAUGCUGAUGAUGAGGACGAUGAAGACUAUAGACCGCCUCCAAAGAAACAGUCAGAAAGCUUAGAGGAAGAUGAAGGAACUAUGGAGUCUCUUAAGUUGAAGCGUAAAUUGCCUUCUAAGGAUAAGGAGUCUGAGGCAGCAAAGAAGCAGCGACUAGGUAAACACUCGAAAUCAAGAGAGAGUGUGUUUGCAGCUCUUUGCUCAACACUGAGCCAGGCGGUGCUGCCCAGUAAGAAAACAGCAGGCUCAGUGCAUAUAAUUUCCUCACCAGCUGAUGGGAACAAGGGCUUAUGUGAAGACAGCCAUCAACCGAAGGAACCUGCUAUUUCUAGAAGCUGUUGUGAUAGUAGCAAUAAUUUGAGGGAGGAAAACCAUAGAGAGAAGGAACCUGCUGCCUCUAGAAGUUGUUCUGAUUGCUUGCACAGCACAUCAGAAAAUGGACAGUUGAGUGGAGAGGAUGGUCCACUAAUACCACCAAAAUCCUCACCGGAAAUGACUGUAAAUGGAUCUUGAAGUGAUGUUUCAGGAUUUAGUUGCAGCAAUUAACAUGUCUGGUUAGCUGGUUUAUUUCACGUGUGGAUGUUGCAAGUCAGUCAUUGGCUGCUGAAUGAACAACACAGAUGGAAAGAAAUGAACCAAGUAAAGAUGGGUGAAUGCGGUUUAUAGCACAGUUGAUGGUAGGAGAGGAUACUGUAUAGUGCCAUCCAGGGUAAGGAGGAAAUACUCAUAAUAUGGGGCCAGUGUAUACCCCCCUUCACCUGCCUUUCUGAUGUUGAGCCGAGGAAUUGUUGCUUUUGUAAAACAAUCAUCAGCAUUAAUUUUCUUUUCCUUUUUCUUACAUUCUCUUUUUCCUUCUGUCUUCUUAUAUAUUCCCUUUUCUUUUCUUGUUUAGUUCUUUGUUAGCCCGCGUGGACUCUGAUGAAAGGGCAUCAAUAUAUGCCCUUGCAUAGGUCCCCUUUGUUGUUCAGUUUUGUGGAGGUGGGUGUGGUUGUAAUAGAGGAAGGUUGUUAGUGAGUUGGCCAGAGCCAAAUUUUCUCAAUUGUAGUAGAAAUGUCAUUUAUAGACCCGAAUGAAAAUUAGAAUUCGAAUUCGAACUCGUUAUUACACAAAUGAAGUGGCCGUAUUUUUUUCCAUCA